GCGUUGUUUCCCAGUGCAUUUUGAGGGAAAUAUGUGACGAAAUAUUGGACCUUAAUAUUGGAACUACGUCACAGUUAACGUGUACACUGUUUUUUUUUUCUUCCGGAAUUCAUGUUUUCCUAGUUUAACACAUUUUUCCACAUGGAGUCAUAUUAAUGAAUGAAAAAAAAAACAAAAAAAAACGCCUACGCUGUGAGAAGAGCAAGUAGCUUCACAUUCGGACAUCUGUAUCACGAAAGGACCAACUUAUGUAAUGUCCGGCCAAGAUGUGUACUAUAUUUUACUUGUCAGAAAGAUAGGUAGGAAGAAAGAACGUUCAAUUUUAAGGCCAUCUAAUUCAGAGGUUGAAGUUUUGCCAGGAAGUUUAUUGGUUCACAUUGAAGAAACUAACAACAAACAUGGACAACUUGUUUGGAUUUUGGAGUUGUUGGAACCAGAAAGUACUGAAGUGGAGUGUUAUUUUGAUGAAAUACAACAGUUAAAACACCAGGAGCUUAACUUACUUCAGCCUAUUCCUGUUUUAAGCGAACGUGUGACAGUUUUUCAUGACAAAAUCUGGCUUAAUGAGGGAGUAACGCUUAGUUUAGGGGAUCCAGUUAUUGUAUCACUCAAAGGCAACCCAGACUUAGCUGGUACACUGAGAUACAAAGGUGUACUGAAAGAUAAUACUGGUAUUCAGUUUGGUGUUGAACUAUCAAGGGAGAAUCGGGGUAAGGGAACAUGUGAUGGUGUAUUUCGUAAAAAGCGAUACUUUACAACAGAAGCAAAUUCUUCUGUGUUUGUGCCAUUGAAUAAGAUUCGAAGAGACUUAACCAAACCAGCUAGUCAUGGAACAGCAGGAGCUACUGGUUUCGCGAAUGAACAGCAGACAUUUUCUGAAUAUCAUGAUUUACGAGAAAAAGAUCGGGUGGUAUGGAUGAGUGAUAGUGGGGCGGAGUAUGGGAUAGUUAAAUGGAUAGGUAUUUUACCAGAUUCUCGUAAUCAGGAAGUCACUGUUGGUGUGGAAUUUGAUAAUCCUGUGGGUUCAGGGACAGGGAAAUAUAAAAACACUCGUCUUUUCUACGCUAGAGCACAGCAUGCUUCUCUGGUACCUAUUAUGGGCCUUAUAAAAGCUGACGACGUCACAGUCAGGGAUACAGCACCUAACUAUGGAGACAGCAACAAGAUAUUUAUGGAAGGUUCAAGUACUACACCAGAGUUACUUAGAGAACAGGAGAAACUAUUAUUGGAAGCAGAGAAGCGCAAGAUAUCUCAACAAAAUACGGAAAAAUUUGGUGCUCAACAGCAAUAUUCUAAACAAGGAACUCAGUCAUAUCCUAGAGAAGAACAGUUUAAACCAUUUGAUGUUAAAAGUAAAGUGACUGCCGAUGUGCAUGCUCCUCCCAAACAAAUUGCAAUGACUAAACCUAUGUAUCGACAAUCCGAGCCAACUGAAGACUCCUCCAAGGGACAGGGACUGAACCCUGUGUAUGAAUAUAAUAAGACAAAUCAAGACUUGUCCCCACCUGAGCCUGUAAUACGAGAGUCAUUAGAACAGCCCGUGAGUGGGGGCAGCAAACGUGGACAGGAGUUGGUCAUUCCUGAUGCUGACCCUGAUCUUGAAGUAGGGUCAAUGGUGGAGGUCAUGAACAACCCCCCAUUGUAUGGGGUUAUCAAGUGGACUGGUUAUCUCCCAGACCAGAAGAAACCACUCAAGCCAAUCGCUGGGCUGGAAAUGGAAGAAGAAAUAUCUGCAGGAACAGACGGUACCUUUGGUCAACAUCGCAUGUUUAUAUGUGCUCCCAGGAAAGCUUUCUUCGUUCCCCUGUAUAAGUGUAGGAAGGAUAAAAGAUUUGUAGAAAGCAAAAUGUCAUUAGAAGAUGCCAUGGGCAACAAUAACUUUGGGAGAAUAGAAACUCCGGACGUUCCAGGAAAUAUUUCUCCGCCAGAUUCAAUGGAUGUAUUCGAUAUAAAGCGUAGAGUUUGUGGUAAAGAAAGGGGCAUUCAAGGUCAUCAUAACUCUUGUUACCUAGAUGCUACUCUGUUUUCAAUGUUCUACUUCACCACAGUAUUUGAUGGUAUUUUAUACAGACCUAAACGCAGUAAUGACCUUCCUGAGUAUGAAGAGGUCAAGCAGGUUAUAAAGGAGGGAAUUGUGAAUCCACUGAGAAGGUAUCAUUAUGUCAGGGCUGACAAGGUGAUGCGAUUACGACAGCUGUUACAUAAACUAGGAAAUAUACCAGGCAUGAUGAGCGAGGAGAAAGAUCCUGAAGAGUUCCUGAGUUUGUUAUUGAAUCAGAUUACCAAGGCCGACCCACUACUACAUAUAAGGUCAGAGGUAGGCCAGGAAGUACAGCACUCGUUCUUGUAUCAGCUGAUCAUGGAGAAAGAUGAACGGCUCCUGCUGCCCACCACCCAGCAGCUAUUUGAGCUCUCCUUCCUACAAAUGGGUGUCAAACUACAGGAGCGUCCAUCAUGCCUGAUUAUACAGAUGCCAAGGUUUGGGAAAGAUUAUAAGAUGUAUAACAGGAUUGUGCCCAGUCUAGAACUGGACAUUUCUGAUGUCCUGGAAUGUGCACCCAGGGAAUGUAUAAUCUGUGGAGACCUGGCCAUGUUUGAGUGUAAGGACUGCUACAACACACAUGGGGCUGGGCUCAAUACAAUUGCCUUCUGUGAAGGAUGUAAACAGAUGAGUCAUAUGCAUAAGUUACGUCAACACCACAAACCCAGGAAAAUCUCUGUUCCACAAGAGUACCGUGACCGACACAGCCAUCAGAAAAAUGUAACUGGACAAAAUCCAUCAAUACCUCGUGAAAAAAUGGAACUUUUUGCAGUAGUUUGUAUUCAAACAAGUCAUUAUGUGUCAUUUGUGAAGUGUGGCAAGGGAAGAGGUGCCCCAUGGUUGUUCUUUGACUCCAUGGCUGACAGAAUGGGUGAACAGAGUGGUUACAAUAUCCCUGAGGUAAAGCUGUGUAAGGACUUGGCUCAGUGGCUAUCGGAUGAUUACCAGACCGAGAUAAUGCGUCAUCGAGAUGAUAAAGACCUUCCUGAACACAUGCGCAGACUCUUGUGUGAUGCCUACAUGUGCAUGUAUCAAAAUCCUGAAGUGUCAAUGUUUAAGUGAUCACAUUUUCUCUCUAUUAAUAUUUUCUCCAAAUUACAUCAAUAGUGUCAUGCUGGGAUAACCCAAACACCAUGUUGUAUCACGUAGACAUGUUCCCGGGACACACAGAUUCCUCACAGAAGAGUAUGAUUUGUACUGGAUUUGUCAGCACACACUGCCUGAAAAUGUCUGUGAUUGUUGUAGGAUUGUUCUGGCAGUUCAAAACAGGGUUAACCAUCACAAAAUACUUCAUUCUGUCUGGUCUGAGAACAUAAUCAUUGGCUCUUUUAGGGAAACAUCUUUGAAUGAAUGGUCACAUAGGGCACAACAAAUAUUAGUGGUCGUUAAGGAAACAUCUAAAUGUAUGUUACGAUUGGAUGGUCACAUACAUCUAAAUGUAUGUUACGAUUGGAUGGUCACAUGGAGAACUGUUAUGUAAGCAUAAUUGUCUAUCUUAAAAGAAUGGAGGUACUGGACUAUUUCAAUUUUGGAGUCAUUAUAUGUCCAAACUUUACACACCAACAUCAUGACUGAUGAUGUAUUAUGAAAACUAAAAUUUUAUGUUGAUUUCAUAAGAAUACCGUAAUAAUGUGAGGUUGACAUUGGAAAUAUUUGCUAAUUGAAAAUAAGUUGUUUUUUUCUGCCAAAGCAUCACUUUAUUUGAUACUGAAGGUAACCAAAAGGACUGUUAAACAAAGAUAUCAUGUAAAUGAACAAACUUGUCAUGAUUAGGUAAUUUGUUAAUAACUGUUCUAUUAUAACCCAAUACUUAGAGAACAGUCUAGUAGUCCAGCUACAGCUAGCUAACAUACUGCUUUAAAAUGGAGCUCUGACAAUCGCUGAUCAUCAUUCUUGUUGUGAAUUUGUUGGUGCUAUUGGUGGCAUUGAAUUAUGUUAGCAUUAUCAUGUUUUUGCAGCAGUGAUGCUUUAUAUAAUACAAUGUAUAAUAAUCAUUAAUCAAGGAUUUGCGAAAAUGGUAAAAUCUUCAUGAAUACCUGGUACAGUGGUCCCCCUCUUAUGAGACCACCUAUGGGACAGGCAUCAGGUGGUCUUAUAACGGGGGUGGUCUUUGUUGAGAGUUUUGUCAUCUGAGUGGGUCCAUGAAUUUCAAUGAGCUGGACGUUACACGCUUUUAUGAUUGAUUAUUCUAUAAUUUGAAUGUCUUAAUGCAAAAAUCUUGGUCGUUCAUGAGAGGGAUACCAAAGUACAUUUCACGUUUUUGGGACAUGAUUAAGCGGUCGUUGGUCGGGUUAGCGGGGUGGUCGUUUAGAAGGGGUAAUUUAUCGUUGGAAAACAUCUGUGAACGCGAAACUUGGUCGCAUACAGGGAGUGGUCGUUCUUGAGAGUGGUCGUAAAUAGGGGGACCACUGUAUAUAUAAUGCUUGUGAAUUCACUGAUAAACCCCGUCCUUGGAACUAAAUGUACUGGCGAAAGUGUGUGCCAGCUUUUUGAAUAUUUGAAAUAUUCAGAUUAUGGAGUUGGAAUGAAUAGGCUUAAGACAAAAUUCCAAUUAACAAUUUAUAGAAACCAAACAAAAGUAUAGUUUUUGUGUAGUCAAUGAGAUUGUGAAAUUUUAAUUUACAAUGCUGUCAGAGACCUAUAUAGUAAAUAUACCUAUAUUAAUAUAGGUCUCUGAUGCUGUGAAGUUUUGCUGAGGGAAAGAGACAAGAAAGAUACAUAUUUAUAUAAUUCACACGGAACAUGGAUCACAUAUAUGGGAAAAUAAACUCUUCCAUGAGGGAAUAUAGCAAGUAUUGUACUAUCCGAGGAAAUAUUGUAGUUUCCAUGUUUGUUGUCUACUUUCAAAUAUGGUAAGAUUUAUUUACGUGCUACUGUAAUAAGAUUUACUUACACGCUUACUUGAGUUGAAUUGGGUAAAGAUCUUAGAAGAUACAUACCCACCCCUCGGUAAUGAGAGAUGUACAAAAAAAACUAGUUCAAACUUAUCAAAUUGCUUCUAUCAAUGGAACAACUUACGGUAAACCUCUGAUUAGUUCGAACACGCGAAUAGUUCGAACACACAUUUUUUUCUAGAAAAACAAUAAUUUUUAGCUAGUAAUAGUUCGAACUCUGGCUGUUUAUAACUGACAAUAUUUCGGAUAGUUCGAACUUGUCAAAUGAAGAACGUAAAAUAAGAUUUUUUUUGGCAAACUCCAUUGAAAGCUUGCGACAACCCGGCCCCGACGACCGGCCCAGAAAAAAAUGCCAAGAC